CAUUAUUGCACCAUCAGACAACCACUAUCUAGAGUUGAGAAAAUUGCUUGACCCAAACGGGUGCAACAAGCAAUAAUUUUGAAAUCUAUUGCAAAACGUCGUGCAUCGCUGUCCUUGAUGGUAAAUAUAUAGAUCAUGGGAAUCACAAGCGCCUGACUCACCGAGAAUUGGGUCAAUAGAAGGGUGUGACGUCAUAUUGUUAUUUACCUAAAAAUGGCUGCUCUCUUCGGACAUGGAAAUCCUCUUGCGACGCAAGUUGGACAGUUGAUUGAGAGGGGCACAGAUGGAUCUCAAGCAUCAGAAAAUUGGGCAGUUUUGAUGGAAGUGUGUGAUAUCAUUAAUGAAACAGAUGAAGGUCCUAAAGAUGCUGCCAGAGCAAUUAGAAAGAGGUUAUCACAAAAUAUGGGGAAGAACCAUACAGCUGUCAUGUACACCUUAACUUGCCUAGAAACCUGUGUCAAGAACUGUGGCAGAAGAUUUCACAUACAGUUAGCAAGCAAAGACUUCAUGUCUGACCUAAUUAAAGUUAUUGGUCCCAAGUAUGAUCCACCACAAGCUGUCCAAGAGAAAGUUCUUAGUCUUGUUCAGACUUGGGCAGAUGCAUUUAGAGGAACACCAGAGCUGAAAGAGAUAGACAAAGUAUACCAAGACCUGAAGGCUAAAGGGAUAGAAUUUCCUAUGACAGAUCUUGACCACAUGGCACCAAUCCACACACCCGCCAGGAGCACAGCUGAAAUGGAUCCUGGAUUAAGUCGAUUGAGACCUUCAACCAGAGCACCCCAGCCCCAGCAAGUUCCACAGGUUCCUGUCUCCCAACCACCCCAGGUCCCCGCUGGUCCUAUAAACCCAUCAGCUGAUCAGAUGACAAAGUUAAAAACGGAGCUGAACGUGGUCCAGGGGAACAUUCGGAUCAUGAGUGAAAUGUUAACAGAGCUCUCCCCGACAAAUAUUGACCCCUCAGACCUGGAGCUCCUACAGGAACUCAACAGGACAAACCGACAAAUGCAGCAGCGAUUAGUGGAAUUAAUAGAUAAAAUAGCCAAUGAGGAGGCUACAAAUGAGCUCUUACGCAUUAAUGAUGACAUGAAUAAUGUGUUUCUGAGAUAUGAGAGGUUUGAACGAUACAGAACGGGACAGUCCGGCCAGACACCAUCACAACCAUCAGAACCAUUACCCAGUGAAAGUGUGUCACCACCAUCUUAUGAACAGGUGUCUUCCCCCACACCAACCUCUCUCCCAGCACAGCCUGCCCCAGCAGUAGGGAAUCUGAUAGACCUUGGGGAUGACACCUUUGUCCCCACCCCACAGUUGACCUCACAGGUCACACCACAAAUGGCCCCACAGGUCACACCACAAAUGGCCCCACAGGUGACAUCACAGAUGGCUAAUCUGGAUAUAGGAAGAAAUACAACAAACAGCUCGGGUCACAAUGAUGACGAUUUUGACAUGUUUGCCCAGUCAAGACAGUCUUUUGAUACAAACAGACAGACAAUGGGCGGUUAUACAAACCAGCAGGAGGACCAGUUUAAUAAAGGUGGAUUGGGAGCUGUGGUCAACUCCAGAAAUAAUUUUACAAAAGAGGAGGAGGUCUUAAAGCUUACAAAAGAAGAGGAAGAGGUCCUCAAGUUACAAGACAAAGAAACAGAUUAUGAGGAAAUGGAACAGUGGUUAACAGCUGAACAGAAAGCGAGUUUGAAUGAACAUAAAAAUCAACAAAAGGAUUCAUUAUCCAGUUCAGAAUUUGAUUCGUUCCUGGCUGAUAGAGCCCAAGCGCCUGACACCCUCCCCACCAUAGCAGCCACUACAGGUCAAAGGUCAAGAAAACUACAAAAGGAUGAUGAGGAGAAUCCAUUGUUUGCUUUGUAAUUUAUGAACCAAGUGUGAAAGUGGAUGUUCGAAUGCAUGGAGACAGUUAAGAGUCUACUCACCUUAUGACGAUCACAUGUUUGCUGUAAUAAUUCACAUGAGAACAGCAAGAGAUCACAUGAUCACAGCCAUAGAAUGCCAAACUCUGGUACACUGGUCUGCAGAUUUAUGUUAAAUCCUUGUAAGUGUACUUCGUUUUCUUGUAUGAGAGUAUAGCUGGCAUCAUUUAUAGCUGUAAAUAUUGUGUUAUUGAUAUUUAUUCAUUUACAUAUCUUCAUCCAAAUUUGUACAUGUAUUUGGAGUCAAAUUUGUAGGAAGUGUAUGAAUAUGCUAUUUAAUGAAAUACACUAUGUAAGAAUAAUUUCAAAUAAACAUUUGUGUAGUUUGAUUUUUAUUUUAGUUGGUUUUUUAAGUUUAUUUACUUGAGUGCAUUCAUCCACUGUAAUGCUGUUUAUGUUUUUCACUAUAACUGAUAACCUAGAAACAUCUGUCAGCAUAUGUUUCCUGGGGGGGGGGGGGGGGGGGAAUAUGUUUUUGAAAUGUCAAGCUUCAUGUUAGCUAUGACAAUGUACCAGAGUUUUAUCAAUCUAUGUUCACAUUACCCCCCCCCCCCCCCACCCACCCCCCCCCCCCCCAAAGAAAAAAAACAUUAGCAUCAACAUUUUUAAAGACAUGAACUUGAAUGUUUUCUUUAAAACAUCAGCAAGUCAUGUUUAUUGAAAUGAAACUAGUGUAUUUGUAUGCAAACUAGAAGUUAUAAAACAAAUAAUUCAUAAUCUUUAGUAUUGUAAAAGCAAUUUUAUACAGGAUUCAAAUCUCAUGGAACUAAUGAUUUCUCUGGCCUCAGUGAUAACAGACAUUUGUCAAAACAUGGGCCAUAGAAUGAUAAAAAAAAAAAGACUUAUCUAUUGUGAGUGGAGAUUUUGUUAGUGUUAUUUUCUUUUAAAUGAUUUACAUGCAUGUCUUUGUGUGAAAUUAGUAGUGGUAGAUUUUUUUAAAAAUCCAUGGAGAUGAUAUUAAAACAUUUGAUAGGUAAAAUAAUUGGAUGGUUUAUAGUGACUUCAAAGUUUAUACCACCAGUUUUGUCUCAAAAGUGAAUGUAACAAAAUAGCCUUGUAUUUUAUUUUGAAGGGGAAUUAUUGUUGCUCUUUACUGUUAAUCAGUGGGCAUAAAGUAUUGAUUAGAAAUUCAACAGUUUUAUUUAAGAAAAUACAGAAAGCGAAUCGCACCAUCUAAUGAUGGUAUGUGUAGGGGUGGAAUGCUCUUAUGAACUUUUUGUAUAUUAUAGAGUGUUGCAGUCUGACUAUCAAUUAACAAGUUUUUCAUGAUGAUCAUCAUGUAUCAGAGCUUUAAAAUUACUCUUGAAUUUUGAACGACAUAUUCAAUCAGACUAUUUAAUGAAUCAUCUAUUCAAGAUAUUAUUCAUAUGAAUGAAAAAACAAUUGGUCUUGAUUGUGUGGCAGUAUUAGUCUAACAGUACAUCACAGUAAAAUGUGAUGUGGACUUUGAUACUGUCUUUUUCAAACCAUUUAUAUGUUGUUAUAUUUUGAAAUAUUUAAGGUAUCCGAUACAUACUGCUUAAGAAUUUUUCACAUAUUGGAUAAAUGACAUAUUGGUAAAUAUGUGUAUAUCUAUAUGCUGAUUUCAUUUCUUUGAACGGAGUUAUCUCUUUUUGCUUAAAAAAAAAAAUGAAAAUUAAAUUUCAUAAAAUUUUGCCUCUUGGCAUUUAGUUUUCUGUGUAAACCAUGAUAAACAACAAUUUUAUGCACCUUUUCACCAAGAGCUUUCAUGCAAAAUUGUCCUUUGUUUCAUUUUAUUUUCCUAAAAUAUGCACUUCCCAUUGGAUUAAAUAUUAGAUUAAUUAGACUGUAUUUUUUUAAGUACAUGAUUAUUUUUUUUUAAAAUAACCUGGUAAAGAAUUUCUAUGUUGAUGCCCUUUUAAAGAUUUUUGAUGAAAACUUUUUUGGGCGAAUUAUAUAAUGGAUACCUUAAAUUCAUCAAUGUUAUUUUUGUUAUAAAUUUUGCUGUUUCAUCAUUUUUGUUCAAUUUCAAUGUGCAUAUGACCUUUUGAAUUAACAUAAAAGCUUAUAAUAUCAAUGUGUAAAGAAAAGUUUUAUUAUAAAAUAUAAUGAUCAUGAAAAUUAGCCCAUGUUACCAUUAUAUCUUUACCUGUUAAUAAAAACAAAGCAUUUAUUCUUUAAAUGGCGUGUGAUGAUACGAGUUUCAGCCUGUUGUUAUGGAUAGGAAAUCCUGUAAAUGCUUCAUUUUCAGCGUGUACACAUACAUGUAUGUACAUAGCUGACAGGAGUUAACAGUCAUUAACAUUUUGUGAUGAUCGAUACUAGAUGUCUUCUGAUAUACGUUUCAUAACAAAUGAAAAUUAUGUAGAUACAGAAGACUGUAAUUGUAUUCCUACGUAUGUGUCCAACACACUUAGCCUAUUUAUCAUGAUGUUGAAUAAUUAAAGAAUAUUGUUAUACC